UUUGUUCCCUUGGGCAAAGAACCCUUUCCUCUACCCGCAAUUCACCACCAGCACUGAAUUUUUAAAGAGUCCUCUUGCAUAGAAGGCCGAGAUCGUAGGACGUAACCAAGACUAGUGAAGAUUCAGAAAGAUUUAAAGUUUACCAAGAAAUUUAUAUUUCUAAUUCAUUUUCGCUCCCAUUUACUCCACCAGAUUGAAUUUCCACUUAAUAUUUUCGUCAUAGUAAAAUUUGAGGUUAUAAUCAGCGACAAUGGCGUUUUUUGGAUUGAAAGUUGCGGCCGGCAAGGAGGUCGAAAUUGAGGAGGCACUUUCUCCGGAGCUCUACAUUUCUCAGGUAUGCGCCCCCCGGGAGCUUGAAAAGGCAGAAAGAGCAGAGCUAUGGGUCAUUCCGACUGAAGAGGGAAAGAGGUAAGAAGCUUUGCUUCAUGAUACGAAUAAAUUUUGCUCUACUUGUAGUUUCGAUCAUGGAUUUUUGAUUUUUGAUGCAGUUGUAAUUUCUCCAGUACAGAGCUGAAGCAUUGCGCGGCCACCGAAGUUAAUGACACCAAAGAAUAGACAACAACUACGGGAGCUAGAAUCAUUCAAGAUUGCUAUGCGUGUUGUGGAAUUCUAGCUACUUAUACAACACAGCACCGGUUACAUUGCUGCGGUCUUGCGCGCGGGGCAGCCGAUGGCAUCAGUUAAUCUUUUCGUGGAUCCUAUGACCACCAAAUUCAAAGUAAAAGGUGCAUGUGACCUGCACCUCACUGGUUAUUACGGCGCUGGUGAUCCUGAGGACGAUGACAUGUCCAGCGUUGAUCUUAAUGAGGAACAGGAAGACGAGAAGAUGGAGGUACUACAACUUGCAAAUCUUCUAGUUUACUACAUUGAUUCGAUUUGAAUUCAAUUUAUACGAGUCAACAUAUGAUGAAGUUUGAUUUGUAGUGAUGGGCUUCUCAAUUAAUAACAUUCUUGGAGACUUAAAAAUAGAACUAGACGACCUUAUCGUUGUGCCUUUCUUAUGAUAUUUGAAGCGUCUUUAUGGUGAUCCGAACUUCUGAUCUGCUCUGCAGGACGUGGAGCCCAAGGCGGACGAAAAGUUGAAAAAAAUUGAAAAGAAGAGCAACUUGGUUCCGGUAAUGGGUGACACGACAGACGAGGAAGAAAUGGAGGAAGAAGACGAGCUUGAAUCUGACGACGAGCUCGAGCGCACCGUUCAGGCGCUUAACGCAGCGCAAAACAAGACCCCUAGCAAAGCGGACUCGAAGGAGGCAGAGAAAAAAGUGGAGCAGAAGAAAGAGACUUCUACUGCGGCAAAAACUCAGAAGGCGGAAGACGCCACUGCUAAGAAGUCAAGCGCACCAGAAGAAACGAAGAAGGUUGCUCCUGCCGAGAAAGAGAGCGACAAAACGGGGCUGGUGGACUCUGACUCUGAAGAGGAGGAGCUAGAAGAAGAGCUCGAAGAAGAGGACAUUGAUUCCGACGACGAAAUGGAGAAAAAGUUUGCAGCCGUUAAGGAAGCCGCAAAGCAAAUGGAGAAGAAGGAGCAGGCCUCCGAAUCUAAGAAGGAAAAGCAGACAGAAAAGAAGAAGCCAGCAAUCGAGACAGUUACUCUCAAGAACGACAAGGCACCAGCACAACCGGAGACGCAAGUCGAAUCAGACUUGUCCGAAGGUAAUAAUUACGAGUUAUAAGUACGCCUACAUUAUGGUGCCGAUCAUAUUUUUUUGGUGUCAGGAGUUUUGAAGACGAGCUGUGUCUGUUUAAUAGAUUCAAGAACUUCUUUUUUUGUUGCUUUUCAGUACAAGCUACUGCAGCUCAACGACCUCAACAAGGCUAAGCUCAGUAUGCCUCUGUAUUGUCGUACAUUUCUACAUGAUAACCUACAGAUGAGGAGGAGGAAGAAGAAGAGGAGGAGGACGUCGAUCCGGAAGAAGUUGUUGCCAUGGUCAGAGAGGCUCGGCGACGGGGCCUUCCGGUCGACCCAAAAAUGGUCGCGAUGUACGAAAUGAGCCUGAAAGCUCUCGGUGAGUCCGAUGCUGGCCUCAUGGGAAGCGAGGCGAUGAACAUGGAAAUGGAUCGCGAGGAGGAAGAGGAGGAGGAAGAAGAGGAGGAGAGCAGCGAAGAAGAAGAAGAAGUCGCGCCUGCUUCGAAGAAGCAGAAGAUCGCGGCGGCAAAGCAGAAUACGCAAGGAGCAAAAGGUGACAAAAAGAAGUUGGGAAACAAGAAAUAACUUAAAGUUGAUGUUCUGGCUGCGCAAAAAGUAGGACAAUGCGCUGAUUUUCAUGAUGUAAAAGAAUAGUUGUGGUUGCACAUUUGAUGUCCAUUUAAAGCUACAUAUACUUGAACUUGAUACAAAAAGCAGCCAAGACGUGACUUGGUAUUUUGCAGUGCAAAGGUUUGGAUUGACAUCGGGAGACUAAUACAAAAGCUAUUGUUUCGCAAUGACUGAUCCUUUUUGUUCUUGUUCUUAAAUGACGAUCUAAGCACGCCAUGCUUAGACUAUGGAGCAUAUGAGUACGCACAUCAAAUGCACGACAAUAUCUGCGCAAUAUUGAAAUAGAAGCAAGCCGACGUAUUCAACUUGCUUGGCAUCAGCUGCUUCGAGCCUUGCCAACGAUGGUAAUUCA